AUGUUCACCAAGGCACAAGCCCUGGCCAUGACGCAGAUGAUGGCGGUGAUCUUCUCCAAGCUGCCAGCGCAAGAAGACUACUACGACUUCCGCGAACUCUCCGAGACAUACGACUUCAUCAUCGUGGGUGGCGGGUCGGCGGGUGCCCUCUUGGCCAACCGUCUGUCGGCCAAGCCCUCCCUUCGCGUGCUCCUGCUCGAAGCCGGAGGAGUGGAAGACACCCUGAGCGCCGUGCCACUGAUGGCAACACUUCAGCUUCAGGGACCCAAGGACUGGGCCUACUGGACGGAGCCCCAAAGAAACGCAUGCCUCGCGCUCACCGACCAGGACCCUGACGUCAGGAUCCUUACGACGCCAUGCAGUGUGCCGUGGCUAUGA